CUCUCCCUGUCACUGCGUGCGUCCCUCUCAUACCCAUCCCGAGCGCGGAGUCCUCGCCUCUCACCGGAGAGAGGUGGUGCCGGUGUUUCACCUUUGCGAGCAUUCAUCACACGGCGUGCAGACACCGGCGUGGCGUGCUUUUGGAACCGCUUCGCAUCUAGUUUUCUUUCUUUCUUUCUUUUUUUUUUUGUCUUCAGAGCUGCCCGUGUGCGAUUCUUGACAUCACACUGAUGGUCUGCACCUCUGCGCGCUCCACCCCGCCUGCCGGAGCGGAGGAGCGCUGGACCAGAGAGGCGCACAAGGAGAGGAGAGCGGGCGGAUGAUAGCGAAGAGUAGGAAGAGCUGAGGCGAACUUAAUGAGAGAAGUGUGGUCGCCGUAGCUGGACGAGAAUCGGGGAGAGCCGCUGCGUGACCACCCGCUUCGUGUAUAGCUCGACCUUUAUAAAAGCGCACGUCUGAAGUGUUAUUUGUGGUGUUGUGGAUCAAGUGAUGGCAGGUUGUUAGCGGCUCAGCGUGCUUUGUUUUUUCUCGGUGCGUGUGCCGCCUCUCCGCUCGUUCCUCAUAAUAUCUGACUUCCCCCCCACAAUGAUCGCUGAAGGUCACGGUUCAGCGCGACGCACUUGUCCCACCAUUGCGCAUCUGUUCGUGUGCGACUUGAUUUACAGAUAAACUUUGAAAUCUUUGAGGGGGAAAAAAACAAACAAACAAAAAACGAGGCUGAGAAAACAGCAGGGAUGGUGUUCACCCACGUGUUUUGAUCGGUAAACUAGUUCAAAUCCACUUUGAAAAAAAAAAAAAGCUAAGACAAACCCGGACUAUGACUCGGUCAAAACUUUGCCGUGCGCUCCUGCGGCUGAUCCAGUGAACCAGAGUCCGGUCCUAUGUAUUUUUUUUAGUCGCGCGUCUGAGUGAAGAUGUUAGGAAGCCCGUCAAACAACGGCGGCAUCAGAAUGCUGGUCCCCCCGGCUCCGAACGACGACAGGCGGGUAGAGUUCGUGGCUCUCACCGCCGUCCACACGGAGAGAAGCGAGCCGUCCACUCCGGAGCGCGGGCACCCGUCUCACCGCACGGGGCUGCUGGGCACCCCGCUGCCCGGGCCGCCGGGACCCCGGGCCAACGCGUCCGGUACAAGCAAGCGCUUCAGAAAGUUGCAGAACUGCCUGUACAACGUGCUGGAGAGACCGAGAGGAUGCGCAUUCAUCUACCACGCGUUCAUUUUUCUGCUGGUGUUCAGCUGCUUGGUGCUCUCUGUGUUCUCCACCAUCCCCGAACACCAGAAGUUCGCCAACCAAGGACUCUUCAUCCUGGAGUUUGUGAUGAUCGUGGUGUUUGGGUUGGAGUACUUCAUCAGGAUCUGGGCGGCUGGCUGUUGCUGCAGAUACCGAGGAUGGCAGGGAAGGCUGAGAUUUGCCAGGAAGCCCUUCUGUGUCAUAGACUUCAUAGUGUUUGUGGCGUCGUUGGCGGUGAUAGCAGCUGGGACGCAAGGCAACAUCUUCGCCACGUCAGCCCUGCGCAGCAUGCGCUUCCUGCAGAUCUUGCGUAUGGUUCGUAUGGACCGACGGGGAGGCACCUGGAAACUGCUGGGCUCAGUUGUUUAUGCUCACAGCAAGGAGUUGAUUACAGCCUGGUACAUAGGCUUCCUGGUCCUGAUCUUUGCCUCCUUCCUCGUUUACCUGGCAGAGAAAGACAGCAAUGACGACUUCGUCACCUAUGCAGACUCCCUCUGGUGGGGGACUAUUACUCUAACCACUAUCGGGUACGGUGACAAGACACCUCGAACCUGGCAGGGGCGACUCCUAGCUGCCAGCUUUGCUCUCCUGGGAGUCUCCUUCUUCGCCCUGCCUGCCGGAAUUCUGGGGUCGGGCUUCGCCUUGAAGGUGCAGGAGCAGCACCGGCAGAAGCACUUUGAGAAGAGGAGGAUGCCUGCUGCCAACCUGAUCCAGGCUGCAUGGCGUCUCUACUCCACAGAUGCCAAACACUCUUAUCUGACAGCCACAUGGUACUUCUAUGACAGCAUGUUGCCUUCAUUCAGAGAACUGACGCUACUGUUCAGUCACCUCCAGCGACAGCGUAACACCAAGAAGGUUCUCUACAACUCCAACCACACGCUGCUGUCUGGGCUGCGGCCCUACAGCUCCCCCUACCUGUCGGGGGACAGUCAGCUCCUUUCUAAAAAACGGGGUCUCUUCCGGAUUCACGCUGGCCGCAAGCAGAGCAGUAAGAUUGGCUUCCGGGAUCGGAUCAGGAUGAACAAUUCCCGAUCGUCCCAGACCAUUCGGAACAAGGCGUCGCCGCUUCCCCAGGGCUCCAGUGUCCGCCGCUCUCCCAGCCAGGAGAACGUCCCUGAGGCCACCAGCCCGGGGAAGGUCCAGAAGAGCUGGAGCUUUAAUGACCGCACGCGCUUCCGCACCUCCCUCCGCCUAAAACCACGUCCACCUGCUGAUGUGGAGGGCGUUGGGGAGGACAGUGUGGAGGACAAGCCCUAUUGUGACGUGGCCAUGGAGGAGGUAAUCCCAGCAGUGAAGACACUAAUUCGGGCCGUGAGGAUCUUAAAGUUCCUGGUGGCCAAGAGGAAGUUCAAGGAGACGUUGCGUCCGUAUGACGUGAAGGACGUCAUAGAGCAGUACUCGGCUGGACACCUGGAUAUGCUGGGUCGUAUCAAGAGCCUGCAGACGCGGGUGGACCAGAUAAUUGGGCGAGGAGCCGGCCAGCCCGAUAAGAAGGCGCGCCCUGAAAAGGGAGAGAAGACGCCACCAGAACUGGACCCGCUGGAUGAGCUAAGCAUGAUGGGACGCGUAGUCAAAGUGGAAAAACAGGUACAGUCUAUAGAAAACAAGCUGGACCUCCUGCUCAGCUUCUACUCCCAGUGCCUGAAGAAAGGCUCGUCCAACUUCACCCUGUCCACCCUCCUGGACCCCGACCUGACGUCUGACUACCAGAGCCCCACGGACCAAAGAGACCUCUUCCCCUCCGCUAACACGCUCAACAUCUCCAUGUCUGAGAGCGGCAACUUGGAAUGACAGCGAGACGAGCGGUCCUGGGGCUGCUGGAACACAAACCCUUUACAGUUACGUCUCCCUGCAGCCCUCACUCCGAGCAGCCUGACCUUGUUGUCCUCUACUCGCUUCAUUUCAUGCCUGUCUGGGAUGUUUUUUUCGUUUUACCCCUCCAUCCCCUCGUCUUUAUUCCUGACGUGAAUGUGUUUCCAGAGGCCACCAGAUGGCCCCACCUGACAAGGAGCCUCAGCCAAGGCUACGCACUGCACACUCUCAGCCCGGCGAGAUGAGGAUAGAGGUGGAGAGGACACGUGAACAACUAUGACUUGACUACUGAACCACUACCCCUCCCCGCUUUCACCUCUUGCUAUAUAUCUAUGCCUACGUUUAAGCUUCAACUGUAGAUACUCAGACACUUAGCGUUGGAUUUUUGUAAGUCUUUGGAGAAAUCUUUUCCUCCCGCCUUCAUUUCUGCUUAAAUCGACUGACUGACAGUUUGCAAGUGCCAUGCCAGUCAUUUGUUCAGUACCUUAAGAUGGUUGCAAUGGGUCCCAAACCACCAGACGAACAAAGACGCGACCUGGGCGGACAGACUGGGCUGACAGCCACCUUGCCAAAGCACCAAGACUCCACGGUACACCUCCCACCCCAAACAAGGGAGUUUUAAACAUGUAAACCCUGCUGUAAUCGCCCAAAACAGAGCCAGGAGAAUGUGUCAGAGUGACUGAUGUAUAUUGUACAUCGUUGUUUGUUUUCAUCUCCAUUCCCGCUCUCAGAAGUUAUUUCUCGUACAAGCCCACUUGCAAAAAAAAAUUUAAAUAAAAAUACCCCCCUCCUCCCCAAGAGAUGAGUUUGGCUGGCAUUCAAGCAAAGAAUGUUGCUACUUAUUUAGGAUUCAUAGAGCCAAAAUGUCCUUUCACAGUGUCCAGUAACAAGCCCUUUAAACCUCUCUGUCUUGCAGCCCGCCUCGCUAAGACGUGCAUGUUCCUCAGACCAGUCCUGUAGAUGAAACCUCACUGAUCCCCAGCCAGAAUUUAGACGUUUAUGUCAUCAUGUUUUUGUUUUUGUUUUUUUUUCCACACCGCUCACAUCUAGCCUCAGGUCAGGCAGACGGUAAUACAUCGCAACCUUUCUCACAGUCAUCGGACGCAAAGUGACUUUUUUGGCCAGUUUUGAACAACCAACAACCUGUAAGGUGUCCAGGUCUAACGCAUGAAAUCCAGGCUAUCCUCCUCAUGAAUGCACGUGUCUUAGGAAAUGGCUCCAGCCUUACAGCCCUACUACGAACAGACAGCGUGCCGGGCUGGGCUUCGUCAGUCCACCUCUCUCUCUCUCUUCGCUCUUUUCUGGUUCUUUCUCGUACAUGUUUGACGCACAGCGGACGCUCUGUGCCUGUGGACAAAACUGGAGAGUGCACAAAAUGCACACACAUACGAACACGACGAAAGCAAUUCCUUUACUUAAAUACUUUGGCACUUGAUAACUAUAACACGUUUUUUGUUUUGUUUUUUUUUGUCUUUGUUUUGAUUUCUUUACUGUAAUUAUGUUCAUGCACUCGAUUUUGUGUAACUAAUAAUGGCAGAUUUCGAUGUUUUGUUUUUUUUUAUUGAUUUUGGUUGUUUAAGUGAAUGUAGGAGACAAGUUAAUAUAUUUAAUUCAUUUAAAUACGAUCUUUAACAAAAUGUAGCAUUUUCCUUUCUUCAUUUUUUGUCGAGUUGAAUCAUCGAUGACACAACUGUAACUACUCACAGCUGAUCAGGUUCGCACUCACCACUCGCAGAGCUCGUGUAUAUUUUUUUAACGUCAUCUGAUAAUUGCUGCCAGCCUUCCACCAAGAAAACACUCUGUCUGUCCCUGCAAGCGAUUCAGUUAUUUGGUCCGGUCAAGCCAAUUGACUCAGGUGCUCCAUUUUCACAUUCAAACCAAGCCUAGACUUCAAUCAGUGAAUGUACUACGUUGUUCCAGUUGAUGCUCUUGCUGCCAUUUGGGAAUAAAAUGGCACCUCAGAAAUUGCUAUUGGCAUCAUACAAUUUUGCAUUAAUUUAAUAGAAAAAAAAAAAACGCUAGCCGAGAUGCCUACUUAUUAGAGGCAUUAUUAGAGUGAACACUUCACUGUCACCUGGAAUGUUGAGCUUCAGGAAAAUGUAUGUGAGACCACUGUAUUGCAUGUUGUUGUUAGUGGUGGCCCCAGUGUUAGAGGAAGAAGAAGAAAAAAAAAAAAACUUAAAAAGGAUGUCUCCUGUAAAAGGAAAUGACCUGUGCCUUCUAUGUCCUCGUUCUGUUACUGAUAGAGUUUUGUCUCAAACUUAAAUAUUAAUGCUGCUUUAAAGAGUGUUUCAGAGGGGGUAACACAUGAGGAUAGCCAUGCUCUAACCUUGAUCAAACUAAAGAAACACCUCCAAAUCAAUUGUUGUGAACUUGUAAUUCUAGGGUUUAGGUGCUGCAACCUUUGAUAUUUUCUGAUAAUAAUACUGUUAGUACUAUGUUUAGCAUAUCAUUGUAACCUCCUCGCAUCCACACCCUCACUGUAUGUAAACACCAGAUCCAGAGGCUGGAGGCAUGGACAUUUGUACUGUCAGAGGACAAACUCUGCACAUAAGCAUGUCACGUAGAGCAAAAUAUGGCUUCCACACAACUACCUCUGAGGCCACUAGGGGGCGCUAGAAUAGAUAUCUGAGUAUGAGAAACCGAUUGUCUAACUGACUGAAUGCUAUGCAUGACUCAAUCUGCACGUUCUCUCUUUUCUCUUUUACCAUUCUGUUCUUCUUCACGACGCCCCACGAUCCAUCGUUCACUGACUUGCUGCCAUUUGACAUUCCAGCUCGUUGCCCUUUAACUGCUCUCUUAGGUCGUAGAACUGUUGUUGAAAUGAAACACACUGAUCAAAGCAAUAAGCGAAAGGCCAAGCCGACAAAGUCUUCCAAUUCCAAUUGAUGUAGCUACUGGUUGAUGAAAUAUGGCGCUUACUUUGUUUUCUAAUCUAAUGCACACCUCUAUUUGAUAUUUUAAAGAGAUAUGAAAAUGUGUAUCUGCUGAGGUUAAAUUAGCUCACUUGACUAACUUAUUAAUUUAUUUGUUUCAAUAAAGCUCUUUGGACUGUA